AUACAUUGGUCGUCGCGUGUGGUCAGAGUCAGAAUCAGAAUCAGCUCGUAUCACUAUCAGAGGCAUCUUCGACAACAAUUAAAACGAUUAAUUAAACAAAUAUUGGGAAUAAAGAAUCACUGCAACAAGCCAUUGUUUCGUUGCUGAAAUGCUAAUGGCAAUUGCCACGGAAAAGUUUUUUCGAAGCAUGUCAUAAUUAGGGAAAAAUCUCAAGCGUAUAUUGUUGUGGCGUCGUUUUUCCGAUAUUUAAGCAUCGUUGCUAAUCGGUUUAAGGUUCAGUUGGGCCCAUCGAAUACGUGUGGCGUUCAGGCAAAAAAUAUUACGCACAGAGAGACAGACAAGCAGCAAAGCAAAUAAGAAGAGAACGUUUUGUGUCUCUCGUUUUUUGUUUUCUUCGUUUUUUGUUGAGAGACAAAAAAUUGUAAUUGUAAUCUUUUGAGAUGUUUUCACUUAAAUAUGUCGCAUUUUUGUUGGCUGCCUUAGUUGUGCAUCAUCCAACGUUGGGGAAAGCAAACGAACAAACAGAAGAAAUGAGUUCAGUAGCCAUUGACAAUGAAUGGUGGAAGACUGCCGUGUUUUAUCAAAUCUAUCCCCGUUCAUUUAUGGACAGCAAUGAUGAUGGCAUUGGAGAUUUGGGAGGUGUUUUAGCAAAGCUUAGCUAUCUGGCUGACACUGGCAUUACCGCCACCUGGUUGAGCCCCAUCUUUCAAUCACCCAUGGUAGAUUUCGGCUAUGACAUCUCCAACUUUAAGGCCAUACAUGAAGAGUACGGAACUAUGGAGGAUUUUGAAGCAUUGAUCGAAGAAGCCAAUCGUUUGAAUAUAAAAUUAAUAUUGGAUUUUGUGCCCAAUCAUACCUCGGAUCAGUGUGAGUGGUUCAAAAAGUCAGCGGCCAGAGUAGAGGGUUAUGAGGACUUUUAUGUCUGGCACGAUGGAAAAGUUAAUGAAAGUGGCGAAAGAGAACCUCCGAAUAACUGGGCAUCUGUUUUUUAUGGAUCUGCUUGGACCUGGCAUCCUGAACGGGAGCAAUUCUAUUUGCAUCAAUUCACCGCCGAGCAGCCAGAUCUGAACUAUCGCAACCCCAAGGUGGUAGAGGCCAUGGAUGAUGUCAUAACCUUUUGGCUGGACAAAGGUGUAAGCGGAUUUCGUGUGGAUGCAGUCAAUCAUCUCUUUGAGGAUCCUGAACUAAGAGAUGAGCCGCCAAGUGGAAAAACUGACGAUAAGCUAUCACAUCUUUAUGCUGACCACAUUUAUACAUUGGAUUGGCCGGAGGUUUAUGAGCUGAUGCAUCAUUGGCGUUAUCUACUGGAGGAUUAUACCGAGAGACAUGGAGGGCCAGCUCGCAUUAUGAUGUCUGAGGCCUAUGCUGAUGUGAAAUUAAUAAUGGAAUACUAUGAAAAUGACAAGGGUAUCAAAGGACCUCAUUUUCCCUUUAAUUUCUUUAUGCUUAGCGACCUUAAUGACAAGUCGGAUGCCCGAGAUUAUGUCUUCACCAUACAGAAAUGGCUGGCAUAUAUGCCGCGUAAUCAUACAGCCAAUUGGGUAAUGGGAAAUCAUGAUAAUCCUCGCACAGCCUCAAGGCUGGGGGCGGCCAGUGUGGAUGCCAUUAAUAUGUUGGUCAUGACAUUGCCAGGAGUAGCCGUUACAUACAAUGGUGAGGAAAUUGGUAUGCAAGAUUUUCGUGAUAUAAGCUGGGAGGAUACAGUUGAUCCUCCAGCACGCAAUGUGGGUCCUGAAAAUUACAAAGAGGUUUCCAGGGAUCCAGAGCGUACUCCAUUUCAAUGGAGCGGAGAGAAAAACGCAGGAUUUUCCAAUGCCGAUAAGACCUGGUUACCUGUGCAUCCUAAUUACCAAGAACUCAAUUUGGAGCUGCAAAUGUCUAUGGAGAAGAGCCAUUAUAGCGUCUACAAGGAAUUGCUGCAGCUACGAAAAAAUCCCGUCUUGCAACAAGGGCGCACCACAGUGGAAGCUGUUAAUCGUCAUGUUUUUGUUGUCAUGAGACACCUGAAGGGUCAUCCAUCUGUUAUGACUAUCGUCAACACCAGUGGCCAAGAGCAAAUGGUCGAUUUGCAGCAUGUGCUGGAUGAGAUUCAACAACUAACUGUCCUUGUGUCUGGCACCAACACCAUCUAUGACAAAGGAGCUGUAAUUCUCCAUGAAGAUCUUGUAAAUUUCAUACUGACUCCGCAGGAAGCUGUUGUUUGCAUGAUUGAAUAAUAACCAGCCAUAGCCUUCGUUUGCUUGCUUGCUUCCCUUGCGCAACUAGGAGAAGACUCACGCACACACACACACACACACACACAUCUGUGGCAGAAUAUUAGCACACGAACAUAAAUUAACAACCGCUUCCGUUUGGUGUUUGGCGCAUUUACACACACACACGCACACACUCAUACAUACCUAAGCAUAAGUCAAACACUUAUUUUCUGUAAUAAAAACUAAUUUUCGCUGAAA